UAAACAAUACAACAAGUCCCAUCAUGGCCGAAGUGGACGAGUCUCAGUUUUCUAUCAUGAGUCUGGAGGAUGAGCUGACCUGCAGCAUCUGUCUGAGCACCUUUGACUGUCCGGUCACCAUCCCCUGCGGACACAACUUCUGCCAGGACUGCCUGCUCGCCACAUGGAAGGAGUCGUACAGCUGCCCUCAGUGUCGGACCCUGUUCGCCACCAAACCCGAGCUGAAGAAAAACACGGUCCUCACCGCCGUCGUGGAGACCUUUAAAGUGAGAUCGAGCAAGAGCGAAUCAAACCUGACUGAAGAGGAGAGCCAAGUGAAGAAAAAGGAGAUCCUCCUCUGUGAUGCCUGCAUGGAAGCAGAGGCGUCGAAGACCUGCCUCACCUGCAUGGCGUCUUACUGUGAGGAGCACCUGCGCCCUCACCGGGAAAAUCCAAUUUUCCGUCCCCACCAGCUGAGCGAGCCUGUCGGGGACCUGUUGGAGCGCAUCUGCUCCGACCACCACAAGCUGAAGGAGUUCUUCUGCAGCCAGCAUGACCGUCUGAUCUGCAGCUUUUGCCUUCAACAGGUCCACAAAGGAUGCUCCUUCAUAAGUCCGGAGGAGCAGAGGAACCUGAAAGAGUCUGACCUCAGAGACAAGUUGGGUUUGCUGAAUGAGAAAAUGGAGAAGACUGAAACUGUUGUGUUUCAAAUAAAUACCAUGCAGAGCAAGCUGAAGGAUGGAGCAAACAAAAGAAAGACGGCACUCGCAGCUGUCUAUCAGCAGAUGAGGGACAUCUUGGCUCAAGAUGAACGUGAGGCCCAAAAUGAGGUGGACCGUGAGCUUGAGCUCGGUCAGAUGAAACUUCGGGAUCUCAUGAAGAAGCUAGAUGAAAACUAUAAUAGGAUGGGGAAAGCCAGAGAAUAUAUCAACAGGCUGCUGAGUCAAUCCCAAUCCAUGGCUUUUCUGCAGGCUUCAUUUGAAUUGCCCAAAGUUGUAAAGAUUGAGCCUAAAAUGCCUCCAAUCAACCUGGACUCCAAGAAGAUGUUAGCGAUGCAGAGCUUUGCUGCAGCCCUGAGGGAUACUCUGAUGGAGAUGCUUAAACAGCCCACUGAGGCCAGAUUACUAUUAUUUAAAGCAGGUCAAAAUGCAGCUCCUGUCUCAGGACCAGCAAGAGCUGAAAGUACCGGAGCUCAGCCAGAGUUGGAAGUGGAGUGCUCUCCUGGUCAGCCCAGACUCCCCGAGUCCAACAGUCCAGGUCCUCAAGCCCAAACAGCCAAAAAGAAAAGAACUCGAAAAACCAAAACAAAGCCUAAUGAGUCCACUGGGGGCAUUAUGGGAAUUAAGAAAAACGCCCGUUCAAUGGAAAACCUGCUGGAGUAUGGAGUGAAAGAGAAACCCCGUGACUGUUCUCCUGCAGCUGAACCUAAACAGAAACCAGAAGCUCCAGAUAUUCCCCCAGACAUAAGCACAACUGAAAAGAGAAGUGAACUUCUGAAAUACGCCACAGAACUCAUUUUCGAUCCAAGGACCGCCCAUAAACGCAUCGUGCUGACCGAGAACUUCACUAAGGCCUCCGUGUCAGACGAGCACAUAAACUACCCCGACUGCCCCGAACGCUUUGCUGUCUGCUCCCAGGUGCUCGCCUCCAAGGGUUUCUCUACUGGACGCCAUUACUGGGAAGUGCGACUGACCAACAUUAACUUCAUUGGCGUAGGCUUGGCUUACAGCAGCAUCGACCGCAAAGGCCCCACCAGUCGACUGGGCCGCAACGCCCAGUCCUGGUGUGUCGAGUGGUUUGAUGUCGGCCUGUCAGUCUGGCAUAACAGCAGCGAGACCGUGCUUGUUAAUCCAAAUCCAAAGCGUGUCGGCGUGCUGUUGGAUUGCGAGGCCGGCACCGCUACGUUCUAUCGUGUGGCAGAGAGGGUGUAUCCCUUCCACACUAUCAAGUUCCCUUACCCUGCCUUUUUAGAGGCUAUCUAUCCAGCCUUCUGGAUUUUCUCAAAUGGCUCCUCCAUUACCUUUUGCAAAAUGCAACAAUGAAUACCAUACACAGUCAGCUGGUGCGAUUGUUGCUAUAAUUAAAGGUGUCCUGUGGUGUUUCAGUUUUCAGUUUUUCAGUUUGCUAAGCAACCAAAAGCUAUUGUAGCCAUAUUUAUUAGAUUUUCCUCCUGAAGUAAAAAAAAAAAAAAAUUUAUUUUAAUAAUCCAAUUUAUCAAAAAAUAUAUAUUAACUGCUUUGUGCAUAAUUUAUAUCCAUAUUGUUACCAAACUGCCUUCUUAUUCGCUGUUUAUCCAGGUGCAGGUCUUGGCUGCCACAUUUGUUGGCUCCAUUAACUCUAUCAGUGGAAAACCAUGAAACCUUACAGAUCACAUGCAGAACAUGUAGUAAUGUGCUAAUAUUGGUCAAAAUCUCCUGCUUUUUAAGCACUGGUCAUCGAGUCUGCAUCAGAUUAAGAUCUGGUGUUGAAUCCAAAAUGGUGAUUUGAUCACUUUGAACCACUUAUGACUUGGUUUGUGACAUGGUGACCCAUCAUGCACUGGUCAUCACCAAAUUGCUCCCAGAUCUAUGAAGUCACGAGGAUGUUUUAUCUUAUGGUCAGUGCACGUGUAACACUAUAAAUACCGACUUGUUGUAUAAAUUUGACUUCUUUUCCAAUAAAACUCUUUAAAAUGCUUAUGAUUGUUCCAAGCUAUAUAAUAGAAACAUGUCAAAUAAUAAAUAAACAAAU